CAUCAAGUGUGUUUUCUAGAUUUGAGUUCAUCCUAUCAGCUUCUGCCUGCCAAUAUAAAAGCACCAACAUUUUUCAAAAUUUAUUCAGUUUCAUUCAAAGAUUUAAGAAUUACACAAGUGACAAUUUGAAGUAUAUUUGAAGAAUGGCUAAAAUAUUGAUAAUCCUCGCUGUUUGCGUCGCCUUGACAAUGGCGUAUCCAGGUCAUGGUGGCGGUCGUGGUGGUCACGGUCAAGGUGGUUAUGGUGAAGGUGGUUACGGUCAAGGUGGUUAUGGCCAAGGUGGUUACGGUCAAGGUGGUUUUAAUGGCGGCCAAGGUGGUCUAGGUGGUCAAGGUGGUUACGGUCAAGGUGGUUUUAGUGGCGGCCAAGGUGGUCUAGGAGGCGGACGUGGUGGCUUAGGAGGUGGUCCCGGUGGUGCUGGGUUUGGUGGAGGACAAGGCAACUAUGGUGGAAACGGCGGUUACGGUGGGCAGGGCGGCUUUGGUGGACAAGGCGGAUAUGGUGCUGGUGGCCAAGGUUAUUAAAACUUUCGAUUAUAUAUAAAAAAAAAAUUUUAACACCACAAUUAAUUGACGCGUUAAAAGUAUUAAAAAGGAAAAAAAUAAAAACUGAAAACAAGGAA